CCAGUGUCUUCAUAAAACUUCAGCAAUGGCAGCUAUAAGGAAGUUGACUGAAGAUCUUGGAUCCACAAACAGAGAAGGUGGCUGUUCCAGUGGCCUUGAAAGAGAAGAAGAAAGAAAGAAGGUGAUGAAUGAGGACAUUCGUAUCCACACAUGGCCCUGUUCUUAUUAUGUCAGCUCUGAGAAACGAUGGAUUUCUGGCAAACUCUCCCUCACACCCAUUUCAGUCAGAUUUACAGCUGACAAAUCUGGAGAGCUUCUGGUCAGCUUCCAUCUUUCCAGCAUCAGUGAGAUCAAGAAGGAGUCUUCCAACUUCAUCUUCAGUUCCCUCACUAUUUUGGAGAAGAAUGCUAAGCAUUGGUUCAGUUCCCUUCAGCCCAACCGAAAUGUUGUCUUCAACAUCCUCGAACAUUUUUGGAGGGAGCAGCUCCUGUCCUCUGAGGGAGCUGGAGCUCAGGCCCUUUCUUCCCAGACGUCCAAAGGGAAGGAGCUAACUGGCUUGCUGACAAGUUCUCAGAAGCGCCUGGAGGACACUGCAAAGGUGCUUGAGCACCAAGGCGAACAGUUUGAUAACAUGAUGAAGGGACUAAACAAGAUUGAAUCAGAGAUGGAUGUAGCAGAUAGGUUAUUAUCGGAACUUGAAUCACCUUCUUGGUGGCCGUUUGGUGGCAAAGUAUUGAAGGGGCCAUUGGAUGCAAAACCGAAGGAAGCAUCCUUGGUUUCAGAUUCCAGAAACAAGGACGGCGUAAUAAUGCACAUUCCAGUUAUUAUCACUGAAAGGACCGAGUCUAAUGUGAAACCUGGCAAACUCGCCCUCCUGGCUUCAGGCCUGGAGAUCAGCGACUCCAAUUCUCAGAUACUUCACCGGUUUGACAAGAAGGAUGUCGACGACGUCAAAGUUCACACGCCGUAUGAAAUCAGCGUCCGCCAAAGGUUCAUCGGGAAGCCAGACAUCAGUUAUCGGCUGCUGUCGGCAAAGAUGCCAGAAGCCAUUCCUGUCUUAGAGAUGCAGUUCAGCAAGAAGAUACAGUUCAUGGAGGAUGCUCUGGGGUUUGUUGGAGCACGGAAGACGCCUCAGGAAGAUGCUGGUGCUUCCAUUUGGCAAGCAGCAUCGGGGCUAAUAGGAAGCAUGGUGCAGGGUGGAUCGAUACCAUCGUCCUCUGAAGGCACAGGCGGAGGGGGCCAGCAGGCUCAGCUGCAGAAGCACAGAGAAGUUGUUUCUGAAUCUGAGGCUCAAGAGCUGAAACGGAUCCUGCGGAAACUCAAGAGUCUGGCCUUGGAAACAGAGACUGAGCUGGAAAGGCAGGAUGAAGCCCUUGAUGUCAUCACCUCUUCCGUUGAUCGAGCCACCAUGAACAUUGAUAAGCAGAAUCGUAGAAUAAAGAAGCUCACAUAGUCUGGCCAAGAAGCCCUUUGUGACCAGGAGCGACUGCGCCUUGGCGCACAAGCCAUAUAGUCUCCAAUUUGUGUUGUCAUAAAAUUCUUGAAAGGGACUUAGGAUUGCAGAGAGAACAUAUUUACUAGCGAUGGUAGUUCUGUGAGGCCUUACCUGCUACAAGAGAAUGUUCCAUAAAAUUGUGGCAAAAAUUAGCAUUCUCUCAUGCUGAAUUGGAGAGUGCUGUGAAUUCCAGCAGACUUGAGACUGCCCCACUGUAUGUUUGUGGGUAGUUUUUGAAAAGGAGUUUGUCCCAGGAUAUAUGGGAAGUGAAGUAAUGCUGGAUUAUGUUAUGCGAUGAUGCAUUGAGAGCUGCCUGAUGUGCCCUUAAUAGAAAAGGAUAGCAAAGUUCUCCCUUAAUUUGCCUACUGUAUGACUCACAUUACAAAUUUCAGUGGCACUUCUUGCGCACAGGGUUUUUCUGCUUCCCCUAAGGGAGCAAUUGCUAUGCUUCCGGCUAAAAUAAUAAGUGGUCUUCAAGCCUCUACAACCCACUUUGGUUGCAAGAGUUUAAGAGCAUUGUUUGGACAGGUAGAAGAUCCUUUCUCAUCUUGUCUCCAGCUGGAUGCUUCUUGGGAAGAAACCAUAAGUAAUGUGUGAAAUUGCACUCCCUCUGAAACACGGAGACGCCAUGAGCAAUUAGGGCUGAGAGACUGUCCUCCACAAAUUUGCCUAUAUCCCAUUUUAAAGCCAUAUAAGCUAAUGCUGAUGUAAUUGACAUAAUUGGAUUGGCCAGUUAGUUCCUCCCAAUGACUUGGACAGAUCUUUACGAGGCAAGGAGUGAUCCCUUGCCUUCUCAGAAGCUAAUUUUAUGCUUGCACUUUAUGUAAUUUAAAAGGAAUAGCUAUAAAUUAAACUUCAUUGAUCUUAUGUGGCUAUAAAACCUGUUUAGCUAUGAUUUUAAAUAGUGUCUUCCUAGGGAACUUAGAAUAGGUUUUAGACUUCUUGUAGUAUUGUGUAUUUGUACAAUCCAGUUGUGGUGUUGGUGGUUUUAUCUGUCCUGCUACAUUGUUCUUGGUGUGCAACUUGUUCUGUGUCUUUUUUCUUUUUGAGUUGAGCUGUAUUUUCAGGUUUAGGUAUCAGCUUUAGAAAUGCUAGUUUCAGUGAAAAACUUGAGAUUCAGCAGCAGCAUUUGGGUCACGCUGCCCAAAUAAGUGACUUUUAACACUCCGAUUUGAACAUUUUAGGUCUUGUAUUUCCAUUGGAAGCUUUGAGGACUUUGCAGAACUCAGAUUGUAGAUUGUUAGCCUCGUACGCAGUGCCUGUUUACAGGAGCAAAUUGUAGAAAAAAAACAUACUGCACUGAAUUUUUAGUGCUUUGUUUUUCAGUGCAGAAACUGCAAUUUUUGCAUUUUAAAAAAGCAGCUCUUCAUUGUCGGUC